UCUCUCCACUCGCAGGCGCAUUUCCUUUCCUUUUCAAUUCACUCUCACCGGAUUUUCCACAUUUCGCCAUUUUUCAUUUCUUCAUUUCCUUCUUUAUGCUCUUCUUUCUUUGCCCUUUGAUGGUCGUGCAUUGGUGAGGGCUUUUGCACUAUGGCCGGCGGAGGCCGACGAGGAGCCUCCUCCAUUCUUAAGAAAGCUGCUAGAAAGAUUGUUGUUGCUGCAUACGCUUGCCGUUCCUUUUCUCCCAGAAAAGCUCGUUCUGUCUCGAAUUUGUCUGUGGUGUCCGCUGAAAAAUCAAGGCACGUCGUGGAAGAUGUUGGUGAGGGUGAAAUUGCAGAUCAAACAGAAUCAAUUACCACGAACAAUCUGCCUUCCAAGAAUCUGUGCGCCAUAUGCCUUGAUCCUCUGAACUAUAAAACCAAAGGGAGUCGCCCAGGGCAGGCCAUUUUCACCGCACAGUGCUCUCAUGCAUUCCAUUUCACUUGCAUCUCCUCCAAUGUCCGUCAUGGCAGUGUCACAUGCCCCAUUUGUCGAGCUCAAUGGACCCAGUUGCCCCGGAAUUCAGCCCCACUUUGCCCACAGAGUGAUCCUAUUCUCCGUAUUCUUGAUGAUUCCAUCGCCACAUUUCGCAUCAAUCGUCGCUCCUUUCUGCUCUCCGGUCGUUAUGAUGACGAUGACCCUGUUGAGCUGGACCAUACACCUACUCAUGAUUCUCGUCUCUCUUUCUAUGUACAUACGACCCCAUCAAGCUUCUGUCCUCCCAUUCAGGUGAGUGGUUGCACCCCUGGUUAUGUAUGCUCUAACCACCACGCUCGGCCACCACUGCGUCAGCAAUUCCUCUGUAGAAGCCCCUCUCCCUCAUUGCAAUCACCAGCCCGGCAAACACCACGUAUGACAGGCAACCCUAGGAACAGUUCGAGAUAUUACCUUUCAGUGAAAUUGGCACAUCAACAAGCGACUGACUUGGUCCUGAUUGCAUGCGCCAAUGGCCCGCACUUGAGGCUCCUCAAGCAAGCCAUGGGCUUGGUGGUUUCCUCCCUUCGUUCCAUCGACCGUUUAGCCAUUGUUACGUACUCGUCUUCUGCUACCCGUGUGUUUCCCUUGAAACGUAUGACAUCUUAUGGAAAAAGAGCCGCCUUACAAGUUAUUGACCGUCUUUUCUACAUGGGACAGCCAGAUACUGUGGAAGGGCUGAAGAAAGCAGUUAAGAUACUUGAGGAUAGCAUCCACAAGAACCCCAACUCCUCCAUACUGCACCUAUCCGAUAGCCGAACUCAGCCAUACCAUCUCAUCAACUUGGAAUCGCCCGUUGUCCCAGUCCAUUGGUUUCACGUAGGAUUGGGGUUCAGCAUUUCAACCGGUUUUGUAAUGCAGGAGUUCGAAGAGUUCCUGAUGACAAAAGUACUAAGAGGAAUCAUCAGAAACAUCCAACUAAGAAUAGGAGAGGAAAGCAGCAGAUCAACCAUCAUUGGUAUUGCAGAGUUGAGAGGCGACGAAGAAAAGAAAAUCGUAAUCGACAACCCGUUCAGUGAUAGCGAAGGACAUGUCAGGGUGAGAUACAGCUACGUCGAUGGGGAGGUCAACGAUGAAGAGUGCAUCAAAGUAGGCGAAACCCAGCUAAGUAUAGGAAACAAGAGCAACAACAUCGUUACUUUGGACGAAGCUGGUCGUGAAAACAGGGAAGAGGAUGCAAGUAUGGGUGGGAGGAUUAGCAGCGUCGAAAGAUGGGAGUAUCACGACCCGUUCAUGGCUAGAAGAUGGGCCAAGCAUUUGCAUUCUUACCGGCUUUAAAUUUAGAGAUGGAACACACAGAGGUAGCUUUAGACGAGCCUCCAAAAUUUAGAGCAACAUAGUAUCUGAUACUGAAGUGAUUGGAUAAUGGGAUGGCCAUGAGAUUCAAUUCAAUGCUAAGCUAUUUCUUUCCCCUUCUUGAAAGAAAACAGCAGCAUUUUAGAGUCUUGUGUGACCUUUUCUUGAGAUUUGCUUUUAUCAUUUCAGAACCAAAAAAUGUCAUUGUAAAAAAGGUCAAACAAUUCAAUAUGUUUGGUAAUUAAGUUUUAUUAUACUUGUUAAUGAUAGGAAUGUUUGUUAACA